AGGACAGGAUGGCGCUCACAGGUUUCCUCCUCGCUCUCUCCACCCUCUCAGUCUCACCAAACAGACCUCAGAUCUUUAAGUACGAGACUUUCACUCUGAGCUGUGAAAUGUCGUCAGUAUGGAGAGUGAAGGCCAAAACAGUCCGAGGGGUCUCAGAGUGUGGACGUGACUGGGGCAAACUGGAGGCUUCCACCUGUGUCAUCAAGGAAGCCUACCACUGGAACAGUGGAGAGUACUGGUGUGAGUCCACUUCAGGAGAGAGAAGUCCAGCUGCCAACAUCACCGUCACUGACAGUAAUGUGGCCCUGGAGAGUCCUGUGUUUCCUGUGACGGAGGGACAAUCUGUGACUCUGCGCUGCAGGACCCAAAGCAACUCCUCAGACCAGCAAGCCAGCAUCUUUCGAAAGAACAGAUCUGUUGUUGGUGCAGCGAUCACAGGGCAGAUGACCAUCCCUGCAGUGUCCAAGUCUGAUGAGGGCCUCUACAUGUGCAUGAUCCCUGAUGUCGGGGAGUCAGCAGAGAGCUGGCUCUUUGUCAGAGGUGAGCUGAAGCCAGAAAUAUGGGGAAAUAUUACUGUGUGUUAA